AUGGACUCCCUACCACCACUCCCCGGCUGUUGUCUCUGUCGAGUAACCAUCCACCAAAAACCCAUAAUAACAUUCGACGAUCUACGCUGCAUGCAAAAGCUCAUCUGUCCUCCCUGGACUCUAAUCACCAACAAACAGGCCCAAGACCUAAAUCUAAGAAAAAACGACGUUUCCUCUAAUGCAGUCAAUCUCCAUCCACCAUUUACCGGUCUUAAUCCUCCAUUUGAAGGUCUUGGUCCCGAAGAUGGAUGGUGUGAUAAUUAUAUCGUGACAGAGGCUGAUCUCAAACUUGCACCUUUGAAAGAUGGGGCUACUAGAAUUACCUCUACGAAUUCGGUAUCGAUGGCGACGAACCCUUUUCAUAUGGAAUCGGUAUUCACGAUGGUGGAACCUUCUUAUUUUGCUGGUAAUUAUCGUCAUGGAUGGGGUGCUGCAUAA